AUGUCGAUCGCAGCUCGUGGUUUACCCCUCAUGAGGGGCAACGAGUUUACUCUCGCUGCGAUUAUGUCUCGAUCACAAUUGCCCGGCUCGCCCAACUCCAGACACAAUUCAAGUCAACCUCACAAGUCGCGAUGGUCUCGUUGGGCGUGUCGUGCCUCGGGGGCUCGGCCACAUGUCGACACCGUAGCGGGCAGCAGACUGUUGAACAAUUUUAUCCUCAAACCAAGCUCGGAGGGCCCACCGACAGACUACGCCCCCUUCGACAAAACAGCUGCCCGGUCGAGCCAUCGCAGAAUAGCCGGGAGAAAAGAGCCCGGUUCGAGUAAACGCGCUAGUGGGACAAAGAAGACGAAGAAGUUGACGCAAGAAGACCAAAACAACAGACGUCGCAAGCAAUGCAAACUGAACCAAGCUCGCUACCGCCAGAGACAGCAACAACGUCAGCUGCAACUGCAUCAGAGUGUGCAGCAACUACAAGAGGAAAUCGCACGUCUGGAACUGGGGCUCGACAACCUCCAGUUCGGCUGCUGCAGUCCUUGGACUAUCAUUGCUGAGGCGUCCCGCAUACUGAACAAGUGUUUGUCCUGUCCGUGGAGUAUGCACAACGAGACCAAUCUGGCGAGCUACCGAGCCUUCUACGAGGAAUAUUUCUUGCCGGAUGUGGCUAUGGGGGAUAGUGUCGGAGUGAACGCGUUGACGGAGCAGACAUUGGUUUGGUCGACGGUCUUUGGAGACCCUGAGCUUCAGUUGAAACGAAUCGAGUCGACAGCUCCCGGUGUCAUGACGGCCACUGCGAAGCUCAGCGUGACUGUGACGAGACUCGCACUGCGCAAGUUCUUGCCGAAUCUACUGCGGUAUAAAAACCUGCACAACAUUCAGGGCGAUCUUGCAGAACUAGGUGAGCGGCUAGGCCAGAGGCUGCGUCUCGGUUGCUCCAUGGACUUCUUUUUGGACGAUGAGACCGGCCGUGUCGCGCGAUUGGAAUGCAACGUCGACUUCGUGGCUCCUUCGCUUCGGGUACUCGGCAGCCUAAAGGAUCUCUCUAGUGCGCUGUACCACGAAAACACUUCGAUCGCGAUGGACAACCAAGAUCAGCGUCAUGAAAGAGUACAAUUCCGAUAUAUUGAAUGCACUGGAGUUGUACAACCACGGUCAACUACGUCGCAGCAACGAGUCAAAUUGGCGCUUUAG